AUGCUUUAUUCAGAACCUGAUAUAAUGCUUAAUUUAAUACAACGUGGCAGACAAUUUAUAAGAUCCGUAAAAUUUUCAUCAUCUGGAUCUGUAAUCCAAGAAAAUCUUUCAUACAGCGAAUACGCACAGCUCGAAAAAUUUUCGUCUGAAUCUGAAUUGAUAGCUCAUGAAUUUCUCAAAUUAAAAACUGAUGAAUCUCUCAAAUAUGUAACGCAAUACACCCUUCCGUUGCCGCAUGGUGGAGAAAUUACAUUCCAAAAUUUAACCAUUUUAACUGAUAAUUAUAAUUAUAGUUCACUCAAAGUGCUCAAAGUGGAAGACUCUAAUCUCAACUCAUCCAAAAUAUUAUUUAAUGAAACAUACGUGAUGUUACUUGAUUAUGGUGUUUUUAAGAAUAACACCAUAUGGUUUACAUGUGAGAAUAAUACACGUGAUAGUAAACUUAUCAUGAUUGAUGUGGAACGGAAUUAUAAUGAUUAUUCAACGGAGGCUACGUUAAAUUUUAAACAAAGCUAUGAUCAAUUUUCAAAAAUUGAUCAGUCACAAUUGUUUGAUGAUAUACUGAAAAGUAUUCCUCUGACGGAUGAUCGAUUGAAGAUAUUCGGAGUUCGACGGAACCCCAUAAAUUCCAAUGAAACACAGAUCGUAUUUUCAAUUAUAAAGGCAAAUAAUCCCUCAAAUAACCCAGGUGUAGAUGAUAUUAUAAAGGAACUUAAUAUCUUAAUAAAGCAUAAAGAUAUAAUUUCAUUUUCUGAUAAAGAAAACAUGAAUUCUCUUGACUCUGAAUAUGGGUUUCAAAUCACUCGUAUGUAA